AUGUCGCUGCUCCCACGGUCCGUUCCUCGGGCCAUCUUACGAAGGUCCUAUGGUACCGUCCAAUCCUCCUCCCCCAGUGCAGCUUCACUUGCGAGCAAGAUUCCCGUCGCCCUGCAAGAGGCAACUGCCGCAACAGCGCCGCGGACGACAUGGUCCCGCGAAGAGGUCCAGCAGAUCUAUGAAACUCCCUUGAAUCAGCUGACCUAUGCUGCGGCGGCCAUUCACCGUCGAUUCCAUGACCCAUCUGCCAUUCAGAUGUGUACCCUAAUGAACAUCAAGACCGGAGGGUGUAGUGAGGACUGUUCUUACUGCGCUCAGUCGUCGCGCCACAGCACUGGCUUGAAAGCGACCAAGAUGAGCCCGGUGGACGACGUCUUGAAGGCUGCCCGGAUCGCCAAGGCCAAUGGAAGCACCCGCUUCUGCAUGGGCGCCGCCUGGCGCGACAUGCGCGGUCGCAAAACAAGUCUGAAGAACGUCAAGCAGAUGGUCUCGGGUGUCCGCGAGAUGGGGAUGGAGGUCUGCGUGACCUUGGGCAUGAUCGACGAGAACCAGGCCAAGGAGCUGAAGGAUGCAGGCUUGACGGCGUACAACCAUAACCUGGACACCUCCCGAGAGUUUUACCCCUCCAUCAUUACCACACGGUCGUACGACGAGCGCCUCAAGACCCUGUCCCAUGUCCGGGAUGCGGGAAUCAACGUCUGCUCCGGUGGUAUCCUGGGUCUCGGGGAGGCGGACUCCGAUCGCAUCGGUCUCAUCCACACCGUUUCCUCUCUGCCGUCUCACCCGGAGUCUUUCCCCGUCAACGCUCUCGUCCCUAUCCCCGGUACUCCGUUGGGAGAUCGCAAGAUGAUCCCCUUCGACAAGCUCCUCCGGACCAUCGCUACUGCUCGGAUCGUCCUCCCCGCCACUAUCGUCCGCUUGGCAGCGGGUCGCAUCUCCCUCUCCGAGGAACAACAAAUCCAGUGCUUCAUGGCUGGCGCCAAUGCCGUCUUCACUGGCGAGAAGAUGUUGACGACUGAUUGCAACGGAUGGGAUGAAGAUCGCGUCAUGUUCGAGCGAUGGGGCUUCUACCCCAUGAAGAGUUUCGAGAAGGAUGCCAGCGACUCCGUCCCAAAAUCCCCUGAAUUGGAGUCCGCCCCCUCGGAAAAUGUAUCCGCUGCGCCGGCCGCAGCAAGUUCGUAA